AUGGGGCAGUCCUCGCCUCUGAUAGCCGCUGCUGCAGCGGCUGGCGGCGCUCCAGCGGCUAUCAGAGACGCUGCAGCGGCUAUCAGAGACGCUCCAGCGACUAUCAGAGACGCUUCGCGCGCGUAUGCCUGCACGCGGUGUUGGGAGUUCGCCUCCCAGAUGCGCAGCUUGUCUCUCCUCUCUCGCCGCUUCUCCUCCGUCUUCCUGCUCGCUCUCGCUCUCGUUGUGUCGGCGUCUCUGCUGUCUCCAUCUGCGCCCGUCUUGGGCGCGGCCGCCUCGACUGCGGAGCCCGUUUUGGCGUCUCUUUCUCUCGCGGCCUCGCGCCUCGCUGUCGGGGUCGCGGCGUCUUCGCAGGAGGACGACGUGAUUCUACCCGAGGACGACUCAGGCUUUGCGGAGUUCGACGAGGGCAUCGUCGGCGACGACCUCGAAGAGGGCGAAGAGGAUCUCUUGCUCAUGCAGCAGGCCGCGACGGCCGCUGGGCGCUCGGCGGAGAGAGAGAAGAAGCGGCGCGAGGCGCCUGCAGACGGCAGAGAGCACUCCGCGAGCGCUGCGGCAGCCAACGCGGCCGAGGGCGAGGACGCCCAGCACGGCGCGCGAGAGAAGGGCGUCGUCCUCGAGCGCAGAGCUGGCGCUGAAGGAGAGGGAGGCGGCGCAGACGAGCGCGAAGAGCGCGUGCGCAGGGCGCGUUCGGCGCUGAGGGAGGAGGCGACGAACGAGCUGAAGAAGCGCAUCGACGGCGCCAUCCAAGAGAUGGAGAAAAGCCCCUUUCCUGCGUUGGAGGCAGACGAACAGAUCCUGUUCCUCGAAACCUUCCAAGAUGAGCCGCUGGAGAGCGGCCGAUGGGUCGCCAGCGCCGACCCCAAGUUUCAGGGUGAGGAAGAAAAGCCUCUCGAGCGUAGUUGCGGUUCAAAGGGCGGGCGCAGGGCCAAAACAAACGGGACGGAGACUGAAUCGCUUGGAGAUGCGCUGCAAGAUGAUGUGUGUGGUGUUUUGGGACAUCUGCGCAAGUUCCACGGCAUCUCGACGCGGCUGCCUGCGCCGGUGAACGACACGCUGAAAAAGUCCUUUGUGCUGCAGUACGAGAUCCUGCAGACGCGGCCGCUGACCUGUGGUGGCGGCUACCUGAAGCUGCUGCAGUUCCCGCAGAAGCAGCAUCUGCGCGAAUUCAACCACCUCACGGACUAUCUCGUCAUGUUCGGCCCUGACGUCUGUGGCCGCAGGAACCAAAUUCACUUCAUCCUCAAAAUCCAAAACCCCCUCACCGGAGAGUGGACCGAGCAUCAUCUGCAGAGUCCGCCGAAGCUUCAGCCGUCCCCGUUCUCGACGCUGCUCACGCUGUGGAUCAAGCCCGACGACUCCUUCGAGAUCCUCGUGGACGGCGUGACGGUGCGAACUGGUAGCCUCCUGGAGGACAUGGAGCCGCCGCUUCAGCCGCCGGAGACUUUAGUCGUCGGUACCGCCGCGGACGACGACGAGGCGGCAAGCGACCGCAGAGGAAACAAGGCGACAGCGGCUUCGAGUGUGAAGAACCCUGCCUACUUCAAACUUGAGCAUGCGCACCGGCUGCGAGACGUGAACGCAAUCGGUUUGGAGCUGUGGACCGUCGAGGGCGGAACAGCGUUUGACAACCUGCUGCUCGCGGACUCCAUCGAGGCCGCGCGGAAGGUAGCCAAAGCGACCUUCGAAGUUCGUCGUGUGAAGGAGCAGGAGCUGCAUCGGCGUCUCGAGCAAGUUCACAGAGCGUGGCUCGCUGAGUUCUCUGAAAAGCAGCGUGCGCUGGAAGCCGAGCACGAGGCGGCCAUCAAGGCGGCGCUGCCUCCGCCAUCGCUUCUGGAUGCGCUCGCCCUCCGACUUGAGCAGCUCCGCGAGUUCACGGGUUUGCCUCUGUUCGCCCUCGCGGCCGUCGCCUGCUGCAUCGUGUAA